AUGAGAAUCAUAUUUGUUUUCUGUGUUUUUUUCGUGAGCACUUAUUGUGCACCGGUCUUUGAUGAAGAAUUGAACGAGUCUUGGACUUUAUUUAAACGUGUUUUCAAGAGACAAUAUGCAUCAACAAAAGAAGAAGUUAGUCGGCGAACAAUAUGGGAAGAAAAUCUUGCCAAAAUUCGUAAACAUAAUCUCGAAUCCAAUAUGGGUCUUCACAGUUAUACAAUGGAAAUGAAUCGUUUCGGUGAUUUGAGUAAUGAAGAAUUUAAGAAAACAAUGAAUGGAUUCAAGAUGAGUAAAAAUGUUGAUCCUAGUAAAUAUGAUCGUCACAUGUUUUUGGCACCAUCAAAUGUUGCAAUUCCAGAUCAAGUCGAUUGGCGCAAGGAAGGGUAUGUUACUUCAGUCAAAGAUCAAGGUCAAUGUGGUUCAUGUUGGGCUUUCUCAGCUACAGGCUCACUCGAAGGGCAAACUUUUGCUAAAACCAAAACACUUCCUUCACUUUCUGAACAACAACUGGUUGAUUGCUCGACCAGUUUUGGUAAUGAAGGUUGCGAUGGUGGAUUGAUGAAUGCUGCCUUUGAAUAUAUUAAACAAAAUAACGGUAUCGAUUCUGAAAAGAGCUACCCAUAUGAAGCCUAUGAUGACAAAUGCCGUUUCAAACCAGAUGAUGUUGCUGCCACUGAUGUCGGCUUUAUUUACAUCCAAGAACAAAAUGAGACCGAUCUCACCAGUGCAAUUGCUACAGUUGGUCCAAUUGCAGUGGCCAUUGACGCUUCGCAAGAUUCAUUUCAGUUUUAUUCAAGUGGUAUAUAUAAUGAACCGAUGUGUUCGUCAACUAAUCUUGAUCAUGGUGUAUUAGCUGUUGGGUACGGCAGUGAGGGAAAGAAGCACCCAACCGAUUAUUACAUAGUAAAGAACUCAUGGGGUGAUGGAUGGGGCGAUGCUGGUUACAUUUUAAUGCUUCGUAACUCAAACAAUCAGUGUGGUAUUGCUACAAUGGCGAGUUAUCCACUUGUUUAA